GGUCCUGCGCAGGCGCAGAUCGCAAGAGGACGGUGAGGGAGCGGCGCGGGUGCCAUGGCGCGGCCCGGCGGGUUGGAGGCAGCCGAGCAGCAGCAGCAGCAGCAGCAGGUGCUGUCUCGGCAGCAGGAGCGGCACUAUCGGCUGCUGGCCGAGUUGCAGGCCCUUGUCAAGGCGCUGCCCAGUGCCUGCCAGCAGCGCCUCUCGUACACGACGUUGUCCGAGCUGGCGCUGGCGCUACUGGACGGGACCGUGUUCGAGAUCGUGCAAGGGCUGCUGGAGAUCCAGCACCUCACCGAGAAGAACCUGUACAGCCAGCGGCGGCAGCUGCACAGCGAGCACCGUGGGCUGAAGCAGGAGCUGUUCCACCGGCACAAGGAGGCCCAGCAGUGCUGUAGGCCCCACAACCUGCCACUGCUUCGUGCAGCCCAGCAGCGUGAGAUGGAGGCUAUGGAGCAACAGAUCCGAGAGGAACAGCGAAUGAUGGAUGAGAAGAUAGUCUUGGAAUUGGACCAAAAAGUAAUUGACCAGCAGAACACCCUGGAGAAGGCUGGGGUGUCUGGCUUCUACAUCACUACCAACCCCCAGGAGCUGACUCUGCAGAUGAAUUUGCUGGAGCUGAUUCGGAAGCUGCAGCAGAAGGAAGCUGAGGCUGAGAAGACUUUAUCCUGAAACAGCAAAUCUGCUGUUCAGUUCCCAGAGUUUUCCCUCUGACUUUCCUCUAAACAACAGACCGUCCAUGCAUUUGCUUUGUGUUGUCAGGAAGAGGCUGCAGGAGUAGAAGAAAUUGCUGAGGCACUUAGAUUAGAGCUGGGGCAGGCAGAGCCCAGCACAGGGGAUGGUUGGGAGCCUGGGGACAGCUCUCAUCCUCAGAGCAGUGCCAGCUUCAUCUGGCUCAGCUGGGAGCUGAUGAAGCAGGGUCACCUGCCAGGACUGUCCUGCAGUGAUGCUGAGGCCAUGACUGAGUUGAGCACUGAGGCAGCCCAUGGAGCCCUGCUGUGUAAGGGUGACCCUGUGUUUAGAUGAUUUGUAACAGGGGAAAAAACAAUUACAAGAAUGCUUCUGUGUGUUGUUGAGGCAGAAACAACCUCUUAAACAGGCAGACCCUUCCCAGAGUCCCCUCCUCCUCCAGGCUGUUACCAGCAUUAUCUGUAUUAGUUUAUCUGUGUGCUGGCUGGCAUUAUCUGUAUUAAAGGAGAAUUUCAUGCCUCAGCCCAGAGUUCCUGGACUGGUGUUUGCAGUGUUCCUACUGACUCGGAAAGCAGAGCUUUUGCUUUGUUUUUUUAAACCAGUUUCCAAAUUAAGAGAAAUAAAACACUUCUGGGGCUGCA